AUGGUAUAUGAAACAUCGUAUGAUACCGGGCUUAAACCCUUUACUCCCGAUCUAAAUCGAGGAAAGUGGGAUAAGCCCACGGACUAUAUAUUCGCCUGCUUUGGAUUAGCCUUGAAGUUGGAUGUCUUUGUGGCAUCGUUUUGGAUGUUCUUCGACAUGGGCAUUCUUGGAAUACUGCCGUACUUUAUCUAUAUGGCCAUUUACUUGGUUCCCAUCAUGGUCAUCCAUUCCUUCAUGGGUCAGUUCUCCAGCAGUGGCUUCAUCUCCGCCUUCCGCCUGUCGCCUUUCUUUAAAGGCAUGGGAUAUGUGAGUGGAUUUUUAACUAUCUCCAUGCUAAUUUACUAUAGCAUUUUUGCUGCGGUUCCUCUUCUGUUCAUAAUCAACUCAUUUCGACCCACUUUACCUUGGAGCUGUGAGGGAUUGAAUACUUGGCACAAUGGAAGUGCAACGCUAUCUACUACUUGUAAUAAGACACUGAUCUUGGAGGACUUUUCGGAACUCAACAGAUCUUACCAGCUGCUCCAUGUGCCAUCCGUGCUCUACUUUCAAAAUCACUAUGAUUCCAUGAAACAGGAUUCAGUUCCGGAUUGGUAUAAGGACUACGAGUUGUCUUGGCAUUUUGUGGGCCUCUUCGCAAUCAUUUGGGCUGUGAUUGCAUUUAUUUUUUAUAAGUUCUCAGAGACGGCAAAGUUUGGAAAACUUAUACGGUACAUGGUGAUUGUGACCCUGGUGCUUCUUUUAGUGUGCUUUGUGCGAUUCCUGUUCCUUCCUGGAGCUCUUAACGGACUCCACAGAUAUAUGACUCCCACGGCAAGUGACAUGGCCAUGGGAGUAGCCUCCACAUUUAUUAUGGUUCUUCAUGCAUUCGGAGCUGGCUGGGGCAGUGUAAUAGCCCUGUCCAGUUUCAACGGAUUCAAGACUGACAUCAUGUCGUAUAGUUGGAUUAUUUCCUUUGGACAGAUCUUCAUUUACAUUAUGUUUGGCAUGGUGUCCUUUAUGCUGGAACACUACUUUAAUGGUAAUAGCAAUUUAUUGUUUUGCAUUAUCUUCACUGUAUUCAAAUUAUCCUUUUCAGAACUUUCUGAUGCUGAAGAUAACGCACAUGUUUUGAGCCAUUGGCUGCUAUAUUUGUCAAGUGCUUCCGCCUUGUCCACAAUGGCAUGGCCAAACCUAUGGACUUUCAUAUACUAUUCUAUGCUUUUAAUUGCUGCGCUAAUUGUGAUGACGACACAAAUCUUCACUGUUUUGCAAAGUUUGUUUGAUGAGUUUGAAAUACUUCGAUUGAGAAAACAGGAGGUAACCUUUGGUCUAAUCGGAGGCAUAGCACUCUGCUCCUUUUACUUUUGCACAAAUCAUGGCAUUAUUUUCUUUUCGGCCUUGGGUCUUGAUGCCAUUUUUUCACAUAGUUUGUUGCACUUAUUGCUCCUUUUGGUGGUUUUGUGGAUCUAUGGUCGUGAACGAUUCCAGCGGGAUAUUGAGUUUAUGUUGGGCCAGCCCUUUGCCUCCUGGAAGGUUUUCAUACUUCGCUUUAUAGCUCCAAUAAUUUUAGUCAUUUGCCUGCUCGCGGGAAUUGGUCUAUCCAUAUCGGAGCACUCUUAUUCCACGGCAGUGGUCGUUGUGAUGUCGAUUGUCCUCGUGGUUUUGCCCAUUCUGGCCAUUCCUGGGUACGGAUUUUACUACCUCUACCAAAGCACAGGCACCUUUUGCGAACGAUUCAGACGCACCUGCAGACCCACCGAUUGGUAUCCGGUUGAGAUGGAGCACCGCCAGCAGUACGAGGAAGCUGUGGACAAUACCGAGAUGACCCACCAGCUAUUCGAGGUUACUGAGGAAGUCAACUAGUUACUGAUGCACUUAGAAAUGUACUGAACAUAAAUAUAUGAGUAAUUUUAAUGCGUAUUCUAAGAAGGUAUGCAUAUAUACACAAUUUUUCUUGGAAUAUCAUAUUGUAAUAGGUGGAAAAGCUAAGCUUGUUGCACUAUGAUUAUAACAAUUUGCUUUACAGCGGUUAUCUCACCUGAAUCGAUCAGGUUCCCACUUGUGACUGUCCAUAAAAACGUAGAUAUCUCGGAAACUUUAAUAAAGUUGAGCUUAAAAAAUC